CAUAGAGGCAAGUCAGAUCCAUCGUGGGCUUGACAAAAUUUCUAACAUAAGAUUGCCUGUGAUAGUUUGUGGGAAUGUCUGUCUCUAUUUGAGCUCAGCUUGGAUUUUCUGGUAUGUGGCUGCCCUAUCUCUGCUGCAGUAAAAAGUACAUGUAUGAAGUUUGGAAUUUCAUGCAGCUUGUUGGGGCAGUCUGGGAAGCAGCUGAUUAAGGAGGGAGACACCUUACAGAGAUGACAGUCCAAACUCUCACCUGUCUUCUCCAGGAUUUACCUGUAGGAAGAGCUUGGGCUUGUUACUGCCACUGUGUGGGUUAGAGGGUGCUGUGUGGGCAACAUGGAGCUAAAGGUGUGGGUGGACGGUAUACAGCGGGUGAUCUGCGGAGUUUCUGAUAGCACCACCUGUCAGGAUAUCGUGCUGGCGCUAGCCCAUGCCACUGGCCGCACAGGCAGAUUCACGCUCAUAGAAAAGUGGCGGAGUAAUGAGCGACCAUUGGCACCUGAUGAGCAGCCAUUACAGGUGCUACACAAGUGGGGAGAGUACGCUACAGAUGUUCAGUUUAUGCUGAUACAGACUGACAGAGAUGGCCUGAAGUCGCCAUCAAGGACUAGACUUCCUUCACAUGACAAAAAGGAUCGUUUUACACAUAAUUUCACUCCGCCUCACCAUGGGGACUCUUCCAUUAAGCGAUCUUUUACAUUCAGUGGUGCUCAUUCUGGGAAUUCCUUCACAUCCCCUGCUAGAAAGCGGGAAAAGUUUCGCGAAGUAUUUCACGAAAACUCCAUUUCUGAGGAAAGUGAGUUAGGAUCAUCAUCUCAUGUGCCACACCCCUCACUCUCCCUCUCAAAAUCUGCCAAACCUACAGCAGUGUCACGCUCACCCACUCAUAAACUGCCUGGUGCUCCCUCAUCCAAUCACAGACGAGAGUCUCAUCUCUCAGCUUUAGAUGGCAACAGUCAACAGAAAUCUCCACAUAGGUCUACCACAGUGAACUCAGACUCCACCAGUAAUAGUCAGGUGGUGCGCUCUAAUGGACGACCUAUACCCAAACCUCGCAGUCGCAGUUCCUCUUCCACCACUAGUAAUGGACCCAAAUGUCUGGAUACUUACCUAUCCCAGAAUUCCCCUCCAGACUUUCAGGAAGCCUGGUCGUCGAGCCCGCUACCUGAAUUCGAGGAGUACGAUCUGGAUAGGAACUUUCCUGAUGCAUCGCCUCAGGCUCGGGUUGCUAAGAGUCGAGUGACUAACGCAUCUAAGGCAGACAGCAACUCCUCAUCUGACGAAUCUCAAGAAUAUUCCAAUUUAGUGAAGCUGGUCAGCGAACAGCAGGACAGACUUCAGGUACAGGAGUCUGAGAUCAGCAAGAUAGAGACAGAAAUCAAGCAGUUGGAGGAGAAGGGUCAUGCUGAGGAGGAGCGUUUGCGUCAGUUGGAGGGUGAAAUCUUGAGCUGGGAGGGAAGGACAGGUGUGUGUGAGCAGGAGCUGGAGGACCUGGUAUCUCAGCGCUGGCAGGACCAGCUCGAGGCUCAGGUACAGGCAGAACAUAGCCUCAAGGCAGAGAUGGACGCCUUACGGACACAGAUCACAAACUGUCAACAACAGAUUGUGGAAAUGGUCAGAAAAAGAGAAAGUAUUAUUGAAGACAUUGAGUGUGAGAAGAAGGACAUUUCGGAAAGGGAGAAAAAAGAGGCUGAGGUUGAACUGCGAGUUAAGCAGGAAGUAGCUGAUGUUCAGAAAAAGAUCAGCGAAAAACAGACUGAGAUUGAAAAGGGUCAUGCGACACUAGAGGAGUUAACCAAAGAAGUGAAGGACCUAGACGCGGCAAUUUUGGAGAAAAAGUUGCAGGUUGCUGAGUUAGAGAGUAGCUUGAAGGAAGCCAAUCUACAGCAGUUUGUGAUAACACCGCCAGAAACACCCAACCAUCUGGAGGAAGGGGAAUCUGCCUUGUUUAAACAGCUGCAUCGGCCUCCAGCGACACGUAAGCCCAGUCCACAAGACUUCAGUUCCACAGUGACCACCAGUGAACACCCUGAUGGAGUGUGGGUCUGACAUCAAGCCCCACCCUCCUUCAUUCCUCCACAUCUCAUAACACUUUUGAUGUCAUCAUGCAUAUAGCUCUUGCCAGUCAGUUAACCAUAAAUACAUUUUCAUGUUUUCUCCUUUUUUUUUCUUUUAUAAAUCUUCCCAACCAAACCUUCUUGAGACUGUUCAUCAAGACAAGAUAUGCCAUAUUUUGCCAGCAGUGUUAUCAUCGUGAGUUACCUCCCCUGCAUAGAUAACAUUGUUACAUACAUGUAUAUGUAAUAAGAGUAGUCUGAAGUCUCGGUGGGAAACUUUUAUCUGAUGUACAAAUAAUUUACAAACUUAACAAGAAUUGAUUAUUUUAAUUGUCUUAAUUGUGAUAGUUUUAAAUAUCUCAAGUUUGGUAUAGAAAAUCAUGUGUGACAUUCUGUUGUUGCCAAAUCCUCCAUGUCUGAUACCAUUGAACUUGAAUUGAUUUGACUGGUGUUUUACACAGUACUCAAGGAUAUUUCACUUAUACAACAGCAGCCAGUAAUAUGGUAGGAAGGAAGCUGGCAAAGCUCAGUGGAAACCCACUAGCAUCUACAGGUUGCUGGAAGACCUUCCAUGUACAUGUAUGACUGGAGAGAAAAUCAGCAUGAACUGGGCUCACUUUGAUUGCACAGGGAACAUUAAACUUGUUAAAUUAAAAUUCCAGUCUCAGUCAUGACUAGUAUUUUGUCAGACUGUUAAUCAUGUAAUUUCUGUACUGCCAAAGUAAGGAGGUGAAAAAUUCGUUCCUCUAAAUUGUUUUAUGUUUUGCCAAUAGUCAACUCUUGGAAUCAGCCAUGUUUUUCAGAUUUCAUGGAGUUUUCUCAAGCUUCAUGUGACAAUGAACCAAUAUGUCCUGAUAUGGGGAGGCCCUUUACAGGUUUCUGCUUUAGUUUUUAUCUUCACUAAUAUUAUGUAUCGGUAUUACUACAAGACUCAAGUCACUUUAAAGGUUGACACAGUAAUUUUAAUAUCAUGACAUUCUGGAGAGAGACAAUCAAUGUAAACACUAUACCUCCAUAACUAGUCUCUCUGAAGUCAGAUCAAGCCAUGCCUCCUUCAUGCUAAUAUCUAAAGUCAUAUUUCAAAUUUUUACUGAAGUUGGAACUAGAUGUGUGGAUUCCCCUCCUGCUUCCAACCUCAGCCGUGCUUGAAUGGUAAGAUCAACUGAUAGUACCAGUUUGAGCUGUCGUUUCCAAACACAUAUGGCUGAAAUAGAGUCAACUUCACUCUGGGGAGCUGGCUUCCCAAAAUACAGAAGCAAGAGUUUGAUUGAAUGAACAUCUGAAAGGCUGGGAAUAGGGGUUACUUCUGCUGAUGUGGUUGACAAGUCAGCAUAUUGGGGCAGGAACUAGAUUUGACUUCAGUGAGACUCCAUUACUUACUCAUCUACCCCACCAAGCACACAAGCGCCAACUAGCUGGUGUUACCAUGUCUUCAUGUGCAUCUGCCUUAACUGUGAUGGUGCUUUGAAGUUCCAGCCAAAUUGUAAAAAUAAAAAUGACGUAUUUUCACAAUAUGUAUUUCCAGGAAUGUAUUUAGCACAAAGGCAAUUUUUAUGACCUGUAAUGAUAUCUGUGGGUUUUUUUUUUCCAUAAUGCCAUUCCAUAUUUUAUUUCAAAAGCAUGUAUUUGUCAGACUUUUCUCAUUUGUAAUGGUAUGUAAACUCUUCUGUCUGUUCUGUGGUCUACAUUCCUAUUGCCAAAGCUUUCACUCCAGCUACCUGUACUGUUACAAUUUGUGAUCUGAGAUGAGCCGUUAGAUUUUGUAUGAAGGUUGUGAAUUGUACUGUUAUUGUUUCUAAAUGAAUGGGGUUAUGAUUAGGGAGAUGUAGCAUAAUGAAAGUAAAAAAAAAACUCAGUGAUUGACUGUGGAAGGCUUAAUGUGCAAAAUUUUUAAGGCAAUACUUCCAUUUGAUUGAAGGUGGACUCUAUAUGACGCUUUUGUCGAGAUAAGCCAAGGGGGGAUAACUCUUGUCGCAUCUAGUUCUUUGGUAGUACAAGCUAUGUAUGAAAAAUGAAAAUAAUAUUAAU